AUGAACUAUCCAAUGACUAGGGAUAUUGGUGCCGAUGAUACUAAUAGCAUGUCAUCAAAAGAUGAUCUUUUUAAUAUGUUUCUAGAUGAGGAUUUUGUACCUCAAGCCUAUGUAGAUAUUCUUUUAAAUAAUAUUGAUAUAGAUAACUUAAAUCAAGUUCAUUCUCUAUCAUCUGGCCUUUUAACCAAAUUGGAUUUCUAUACAACAAGUUUAACAAAAGAACUUGAAAAAAAUGUUUGGAAUUUAGAGAAAUUGGCACAGAGUUUACCUGGUACUUGGUCAGUCACAGAUCCAAUUGAGAAUCAAGUAUAUAAUCAUAAUUCGAAAGAACAUGAGACCAAGACCAAAUCAGACAAUGAUACGUUUCCUUCACCUAUAUUAAACGAAAAACCUGUAAGAAAUAUUGGAGCUUUUGGGGUCUCUAAAUUGGAAUAUUAUCUUGAUACACUGGGGUCAUCGGUGAAAUCUUUGGAAAAUGACUUAAACAAGUUGGAAACAGAUUUAAGUCAACAACAUAAAGACACACAAAACAUCAAUCAAAGUGAGAAAACCAGAUGUGUUAUACAGCAACUGAAAGAUAUAAAGUUAAUAAAGACAAGAUUAAUUGAAGUGUUAACAGUAUUUACCACUUUGAAGGAUAUUUUGUUUAUUUCAAAUGCAGGGGAGAUGAAAGGUAAAGAAGAAGAGCCUGCAAAAACAUUUACAAUUAACGAUUUUAGAGUGUCACUUUUUACUUUACAACAAACAAUUGAGCAAACCUUAGAAAAGGCAGCACAGGAAGAAGAUUCUGAUGUUGUGAAUAAAGAAAUUUUAUCUAAAAUAGAGAAAUUGGUUAAAUUAACAGAUGUGUUUAAGAGUUUUGAUAAAUUUUAUAAAGAGUAUCAAGAGUUUUCAAAAUCUAUAUCACAAAGUUCUACUAAAUAUCUCGAGUUGAAGGAUAUUGUAAAUGAAGAAUAA